AUGGAAUCUCCUAUUGGAAGGAUCAUUGUCGCCUGCUCGAUAGGCGUUUUGUGCUCCAUUGGCAUCGUGACAAACGCCGUCUUGAUUUCGUUCUACAUUCGGCGCCCGGUAAUGCGUACAUCCACCAAUGUUUACCUCGUCCAUAAGGCGGUUUCUGAUCUGAUAUCUCUACUGCCUUUUCCUUUACAUCUUGCCGAGAUUUUGGGUUCUGGCUGGAUCUUUGGGGAUUGGGUGUGUAAAGUAGUUGCGUCCGUUGAGACGCUGUGCAUGCUUGUGAACGCGAACAUUACGUUUGCAAUGGCGUAUGACAGAUAUGUGGCUGUUGCUAAACCAGGCAAUGGUUUACAGCGUACCGUCACUACGGCACGGAAUCACGUGGCCGUCUCGUGGCUGUAUGGCCUCAUGCUUGUCAUCCCAGCAGCAACGGCAAGUUGGACUGUCGUGUGGCUACCAAAGGAGCCCGCGCCGGGCUGGCUGACGUGCGGCUACAACUGGCCGGCUGGUGAAAUGUACCACUCAAUAUACUUUGGUAGCCUGCUGGUCCUGUUCUACGCGGGACAUUACCUUGUGUACAUCUCAUUUGUUUACGUCGCAUGGGGACGAGUGAAACAGAGCAAGGACGAGUUCCUGACGCGUCAUGACACCGUACAGCGCUGUCGAGCGGUGGCCAGCGUCCUUAUAAUCAACUUCCUCGGUUAUUUUGUGUAUUGGGCACAACAUGCGUACACCAUGAUCACCCUGGGUGAAGACCAGAUCCAAGUGCCACAUAUCCCGUCCGGUCUCUUGGAUCCACUCUCCGUAGCAUCGACUUCUGCUGUCUACAUCGUAGCCAGUGGUAACCUCUUUCUGUACAGCUUGUCCAUGGACCAGUGGAAGGCAGUGACAAUGGAUGCCGUUCACUGUCGCUGUGGUCCGGUUGGCGGCCGCGGGGUGGUGCAACCUUUUCACGCCGAGAGUGUGGCUGUCAUUGACGUGACAGCGGCAGUGGACGACGACCCGCCACACGCAAUCAACAGCAACAAUGUUCAUCGCGACAGUGACAAUGACAGUUUUGUUAACCUAAGUCAUCAUUCGGAUGAAGAACUUGAGAUUCAGGAUGUGUCCAUUUAA